GUGUAUUUGUGGCGGUUGUGCUGCUUCUUUGUCUGUGUUGUUUUUGCAAGCCUACAUUAAAAUAUCUUGCUACCACUCUGGGCCUGUGUCCUGCCUCCUCGACUGUAACAGAUCCACCACCCAGGGACGCAGGGAGAGAUAACGACACUGAGGAGAGGCCAAAUAACGACACUGAGGAGAACCUCUACUGUCUCCCAAUGGAAGACUUGCCAGCUCAGUGGCGACGAUGGCAGCGACCUGCUUUCAUAGGAAGAGAAGCAGUAGAUCUCCACAGUACCACCUGGUUCUUCUUACGAUCAUCAUGGGAGUCAAAACUGUGUCUAUUCUGGCCUGUGUUCUCGUCGCCCUCCUGGGUACUGGAGCAUAUCCAUCCAACUGUCACAACCAUCCAACAUCCAACUGUCAUUAUCGUGUCUGUCCAAAUGGGUAUUCUACUGCCAAGACUGGCUCACACCGUUGCUUCCAAUUGGUGACCAAACAAAUGGGAUGGCAGGACGCCCUUGACUACUGCAAGAAGGAUGGGGGCACCCUAGCUUCUGUUCACGGUUAUCAAGAAUACCAAUUUCUACUUUCCAUGGUGAAGAAGACCCAGGACAUAUCUGCUUAUUCCUGGGUAGGACUGAAUGAUCUGGAUCAGGAAGGGAGUUUUGUGUGGACAGAUAGGAGUGACACUGAGUGGUUCUGGUCUACAAGUGCCAGAGCUCAGCAGUGGGGAGAGGAAGACUGUGUGGCGCUGAACUCUUAUACAGGGGCUGAAGGCUUCGAUGACAUUACCUGUUCAAGUAGCUGUACCUUCAUCUGCAUGAGGGCAGCAGUAGUCUAAAAUGACAGGUAUACAAUACCAGCCAGAGAGUGGGAAGGGAUUUUGCCAACAUUCUCAUAUCUUCGCACACAAUGGGAAUGUUUUCAAAGUGCAUUUUGAAAUUAUUUUUUAAGUGUCUAAAAAAUUGUUUGGAACUACUUGUGAGCUCUACCAACCAAGGGGUAACCCUCAAAUGUCAUGAAAAAAGAAAUUGCAGACAGGAUAGGGUUGUUUAGAGCUAUAAAUAUUCUCAAUACUCAAGUAUAACAAUGCUUUGUCUAUUGUAUAAAAUGACUUAAUGUAAUUGUUUUUUCAAAUGAUCCAUCAGUGCUUCUAUGCCUAUGACUUAAUAAUACCUGUCAGCAUCCA